AUGGUCGUGGGCCAGGAGUCGAUCAAGACGGCGCUGCUCCUCGCGGCCGUGAACCGCGACAUGGGCGGCGUGCUCAUCAGCGGCGGCCGCGGCACGGCCAAGAGCGUCAUGGCGCGCGCGCUCCACUCGCUCCUGCCGCCCAUCGAGAAGGUCAAGGACUCGCAGUACAACGUGGACCCGGAGAUGCCCACGGAGAUGGACAGCCUGCUCCGGAAGCAGCUCGAGGACCAGGGCGGGAGCGUCGCCGAGAACCUGCUGGCGCUCGAGACGGAGGUCGUGCGCGCGCCCUUCGUGCAGAUCCCGCUCAACGUCAUGGACGACAUGCUCUUAGGGAGCAUCGACGUCGAGCAGAGCGUCAAGGAGGGCAAGUCCGUCUUCCAGCCCGGCCUGCUCGCGCGCGCGCACCGCGGCGUGCUCUACGUCGACGACAUCAACCUCCUGGAUUCGGAGGCGACGAACAUCCUGCUCCAGGUCAUCUCCGACGGCAAGGUCAUCGUCGAGCGCGAGGGCAUCUCCGUGACCUACGUCUGCAAGCCGCUCCUGAUCGCGACGUUCAACCCCGAGGAGGGCGAGAUGCGCGACCACCUCCUGGACCGCAUCGCGGUGGCGCUGUCGGCCGACGCGGCGCCGCUGGACGUGAGCCAGCGCGCCGACGCCGUGGAUUCGGUGCUCAAGUUCGCCGCGGGCGGCGCGAGCCGCGCGGCGGCGCUCGACGAGGACCUGGAGGCGUCGGACGCGCUCCGGUCCCGCAUCGUCUUCGCGCGCGAGGAGAUCAAGGACGUGACCAUCUCCCGGGACCAGCUCGUCUAUCUGUGCGAGGAGGCCGUGCGCGCGGGCGUCCAGGGCCACCGCGCGGACAUUUACGCGUCGGAGGUCGCGCGCGCGUCCGCGGCGCUCGCGGGCCGCGACCGCGUGGACAGCGAGGACCUGAAGCUCGCCGUCAAGCUGGCCAUCGUGCCCCGCAGCUCCUUCGUCUCCGACCCGGAGCAGCCGCCGGACCUCGACAUGCCGCCGCCGCCGCCGCCGCCGCCGCCGCCGUCGGACCAGAUGGACGAGGAGCUCGACGAGGACCUCGAGGACCGCGAGAACCAGGAGCCCCCGGAGGACCAGGAGGACCAGGAGGAUGUGGCCGAGCCCGAGCCCGAGGAGCCCGAGCUGCCCGACGAGUUCAUGUUCGACGCGGAGGGCGUGCCCAUCGACCCCGAGCUGCUGGCCUUCGCGACGAAGCAGAAGCAGGGCAAGUCCGGGGGCCGGGGCCUCGUCUUCUCCGAGGACCGGGGCCGCUACAUCAAGGCGCAGCUGCCCCGGGGCAAGGUGCGCCGUUUGGCGGUCGACGCGACGAUGCGCGCGGCCGCGCCGUACCAGAAGCCGCGGCGCGAGCGCGCGACGGCGAACCCGACGAAGAAGACCAUGGGGCGCUCGGUCUUCAUCGAGGAGAGCGACGUGCGCACGAAGCGCAUGGCCCGCAAGGCCGGCUCCCUCAUCAUCUUCGUCGUCGACGCGUCCGGGUCCAUGGCGCUGAACCGCAUGCAGGCGGCCAAGGGCGCGGCGCUGAGCCUGCUCACGGAGGCCUACCAGUCGCGGGACCAGAUUUCGCUCAUCCCCUUCCAGGGCGACCGGGCCGACGUGCUCGUGCCGCCCACGCGGUCCAUCGCGUUGACGAAGAAGCGGCUCGAGACGAUGGCGUGCGGCGGCGGCUCGCCGCUCGCGCACGCGCUCUCCGUCGCCGCGCGCACGGGCAUGAACGCGCAAAAGUCGGGCGACGUCGGCAAGGUCGUCGUCGUCUGCAUCGGCGACGGCCGCGCGAACGUGCCGCUGUCCGUGUCGCUCGGCACCGACGAGGCGCCCGAGCCGGGCACGAAGCCCGACCGCGCGGCGCUCAAGGACGAGCUCAUCGACACGGCGAAGCAGCUGGGAUCCAUCCCGGGCUUCUCCCUCCUCAUGCUCGACACGGAGAACAAGUUCGUCUCCACGGGCCUCGCCAAGGACAUCGCCGACGCCGCGAUGGGCCGCUACUUCAAGCUCCCCAAGACGUCCGAGGGCGCCAUCGGCGACCUCGUCCAGGGCGCCGUCGGCAACAUGAAGGGCUAG